CAAUAUGGCCGCUGCAGGGAUAUAGGAGGUUCUGUGACUGCACCAGGGUCAGAAGUUAUAGAGCCCGAGUGUCAGGAAGAAGAAGCCAGGAUGUGUGAUCCGGGAGCUGCCAGGCUGCAGAGAGAAACCCACCGCAGGCUGGCACAGUACAGCUCCCUCAGAGGUAAAGAAGUGCGGCCUGGGGAGUUCUGGGACGUGGUUGUCAUCACAGCUGCUGACGAGCAACAAGAGCUGGCGUACCAGCAGCAGAUAGCGGACAAGCUCACAAGGCAAGAACUUCCUCUCGGAGUUCGUUAUCACGUUUUCUCUGAUCCGCCGGGACCAAAAAUAGGAAAUGGGGGAUCGACCCUGUUCUCCCUGCACAGCUUGCAGCGGCUGUAUCCCAGUGAAUUGGAUUCCUUUACCGUUAUGCUGAUCCACGCCGGUGGCUACAGUCAGCGAUUGCCAAAUGCAAGUGCCUUAGGAAAGAUUUUCACAGCUUUACCAUUCGGAGACCCCAUUUAUCAAAUGCUGGACCUAAAAUUGGCUAUUUAUAUAGACUUCCCCGCCAGUAUGAAUCCAGGUGUACUGGUGACGUGUGCCGAUGACAUAGAACUGUACUGCAGUGGUGAUUUGCCGGUGAAGUUCGACAGACCAGGAAUUAUCGCCUUAGCGCAUCCGUCAUCGCUGGAAAUUGGCACCACACACGGAGUAUUCGUCUUGGAAGAAUGUGACUCUGAAUAUAACGAACUGCAAUACCGAUCAUGCAAAUCCUAUCUCCAUAAACCCACCCCAGAGAAAAUGCGGCAGACGGGGGCAGUAACGGUGGCCCCCAGUAAAUCUAGCCUUGCAGGAAACCAGGGAGACCUCCCGAGUUCCGAAGUAGUCUAUACUGAUAGUCUAUUUUACAUGUCUCACAGUACGGCGAAAGUGUUGCUGGGAUUUUACCAAGAAUUAGGGGUUAUUAAAUGUGAAAUAGAUGCGUAUGGGGACUUUUUGCAAGCUCUGGGGCCCGAUGCGACUCCAGACUACACUAAGAACACAGCCAACGUUACUAAAAUAGAAUCACAGCUAAGUGAAGUAAGGAAAGACAUCUACUUUCUCCUCAGAGGAACAGAUUUCACCGUAAUAGUUUUAAAUAACUCGAAAUUCUAUCACAUCGGAACCUUGCAGGAAUACUUAUAUCAUUUCACGUCUGAUAUUCACCUUCAGGCAGAACUUGGAUUACAGUCUAAAGUUUUUAGCAUCGUUCCACAUCAAGAUGAAAAUCUUAAUAAAAACACAUGUGUCAUUCAAAGCAUAUUAGAUGCAAAAUGCAAAGUUUCACCUCACACGGUGAUUGAAUAUUCCAAAGUGGGGCCUGAUGUAUCUGUGGGGGAAUACUGUAUUAUAAGCGGCUCAUGCAUAAGUAUCAGAUCAGUCAUACCAGACAAAUCUUUUGUGAGUUCAUUAAGUCUGAUGAUUGAUGGGUGCGUAAUGUAUGCAACGAUCCUGUUUGGGAUUGAGGACGACUUAAAAAGGAAUGUGGGUUCCUUGUCGGAUCUGAACUCUCUUCAGAUAUUAGGCAGGAGCUUUCUUCAGUGUUUGGAUUGCUGGGGAAUUAAAGUUUCGGAAGAUCUUUUCUCUGGCAACCAUAAGUCUCUGAGCCUGUGGAGUGCCCGAAUUUUCCCGGGUUACGCAACUUUGCAAGAAUCCGUUGUGACAUCGGUAAAAAUGCUAAAUGCUGUGCACAGCAAGUCUUAUGUGGAUCUCGAAGGCGUCAAAUUGCUGUCAAUCCAAGAAAUGCUUUUACACAAAAAUGUGCAAGAAAUGCUAAAUUUCCGUCAUCUCCUUUAUAAAGAAAUCCUGACUCGGAGACAAAUUGAAGCACCCUCUUAAUAAUUAAGGACAGAUGCAAUUUUUUUUUUUUGGUAUAUUAUUUUUAGAAUGUAGCGUUCAGGUACAGACGGUAAUAGUACACAACUGUAGAACCAGAUUGUGGCACCUUACAAUACUGUAAGUCUGUCAUUCUCUGCAAAGAACUUGGGCUCAGCGAGUUCCAGGUAAAGGAUUUAUAAUGAUAAUAUUCAUUAGUGUUAUGUCUGUGGAACAGGAAAUAUAGGAGGGCAUUUCCUACUGUGAUAAUGAAUAAGAUUACUUUAUAAUGUGAUUGUAGCGCUAAUUAAAAUCACUGCUUGCUCUAAA